AUGGACAGUGCUCACCUGUAUAUGAUUAAAGAAGAAUCGCCAGACCGACCCCAGGAAAGCCGCCUCCUUGCCGCAGCCGCCGCCGUGAAACAACAACAGAAACUCAACGCCGUAGCCAACGAGCCACCAGUCUACUGCUCUACAGACAAAAUCUUGAAAGGGAACCCACAUUUAAAACCGCCGGUCGAUCCGGUCAAAGACGGAAUCCGUCGUAUCACAGAAAAGUAUGAUUCGUUAGGCAGAAUGCUCUCUCAGUGCGAAAACAACUCAAAGAACAAUCUUAAGAAACCACCCAUGUCGGACGCUUCCUCAGAUAUUUCGGAUGUGCCACCGUCAACUGCCAGUACAUCAAGUACCUGCGCGUCGGAAGCGCUGUCGGAACACGACCUGCUUCAGGUGGAGAUGUUUUACAAAAGCCACAAGACAGAGGUGUUUGUGUGUCAGUGCCAAGCGAACCUUUAUUUCGGUUCCGUGCGACAGUCGUCCGAAUGUGAUCAGUGGGAAUACGCCAUGAUGGGCAUCCCACUUUUGGUACUGGACACGGGAGAACAUCACCGCAAACGCCGGUUGCACUUCAUCCUUGCCGAGAAGGGCACUGGCUUUGUUAUGUGGCGUGACGUGAUUGACCACCUGACCAAGUACAGUGCUCCCAGUUCGAGCUUCCACACACUACACAUCUCGAUUGACCACACCAAAUUGGCCGGACUCAGUUUCGACGACACUGAGGCGGCCACGCAGUUUCUGGAAGUUCUACGUCAAUUGACGUCCGAUCCCAACGACGAUAUCCUUAACCUCAGUCGAUCGAAGAAAAAUAAAAAGAAGGAACAGAAACCGAAAAUGAAAAAAUUCCGACCGCCGAAGAAAACGGACAUCUCACAGCCGUGCUGUUUCGUUCACGUAACGAAACUGGAACGAACUGAAAAUGGCAGCUCCUUAGGGUGUCCUUUCAAGACGACAGUACCAAAUGACUUGAACAGAUCGAGUAGUUCGGAACUGUCCGAAGACUCGGCGACCGAACAGUUUAAAUGA